UGUGUGUGUGUGUUCGCUGCUGUUACGGCUGUUCGUCCUGGAAGAGUCAGGAAGAGUUCACACUGAAGUUUAGAGAGAAAUAAUGUCGUGAAAAACUCAGAGGAUCUCAACGACUGUUACCGGCUGCUGUUUCCUGUCUGUCUGUGUUUCUGUCUGUCUGUCUGCUCGACAUGGCGGAAGUGAGCCAACCUGUCGUCAGUGUUGUUCCUGAAGAUGAAGGCAAAGAAAAGUUCAAGAAAAGUGAUCAGGUGGCUUUUUACAGGCGACAGAUUCGAGGCCCAAACCUGCAGCACCGAGCCCUUUUGGACACCUUGGUGCUCACAGAGAAGGGGGCACGAUUUGAACUGUUGGAGCCUGACACACAGACCAAACUGCUCCUGUCUGUAUCACCUUGUAAAAACAACACUGUGAGGAUCCUGAUAGACGAGCUGCAACCCAUUAAACCACGGUACAGAGUUCCAGAUGUGAUAACGGAGGAGCCGCGGUGUGAACAGUUGAGAGUGGAGAGACAGUCAAAGGACUCUGUCACCCUCUCUUGGUCCUCAGGACGUCACCAGGUGUGUGUGUGGCACUUCCCUUUCCGACUGGAGAUCCUGUAUGAAGACAAAGUGAUGGUUACGUUUAACUCUAGAGGCAAACUGUGGUUUGAGACGCUGCAGGAUCCACUCAGGGCUUCAUCUCAUGGCAGUGAGGUUCAGGAGGACGAGACAGGUUUAUUAUGGAAAGAGACCUUCAAGGAGUUUGUGGAUAUCAAAGCUAACGGUCCCAGUAGCAUCGGGUCCGACCUCUGUCUCCAUGGGUUCAGUCACGUGUACGGUCUUCCAGAGCACGCUGACAGCCUUCAGCUCAGAGACACCAGAGAUGGUGAACCUUAUCGGCUGUAUAACCUGGAUGUCUUCGCGUAUGACUUGUACAGCCGCCUCGGCCUGUACGGGUCUGUGCCGCUGCUGGUGGCCCACAAGCCUGACAGGACUCUGGGAGUGUUUUGGCUCAAUGCAUCAGAGACGUUUGUGAACGUGCAGUACAGCCCAUCUGACCAUCAGGAUGGCCACACCCCUCCAGUGAAGAGGAGGCGUACGGAGCCACAGACGGACGUCCACUGGCUGUCAGAGAGCGGAGUCAUUGACUGUGUGGUUCUGCUCGGGCCCAGUCCACAGCAGCUGUUCACCCAGUACGCUCAGCUGACAGGAUAUCAAGCCCUCCCUCCUUUGUUUGCACUCGGGUACCACCAGUGUCGCUGGAACUACAAUGAUGAAGCCGACGUGAAGGCUGUAGACGCUGGAUUUGAUCGCCACAACAUCCCGUACGACGUCAUCUGGCUGGAUAUUGAGCACACAGAUGAGAAGCGUUACUUCACCUGGGACUCUGCUCUUUUCCCCGACCCAGCCGGCCUGCAGCGCCACCUAGAGAGGAAGAAGAGGAAGUUGGUUGUUAUCAGUGAUCCCCACAUCAAGGUCGACCCUGAUUGGUCGCUGUACCGUGAGGCCAGAGACAGAGGCUACUUUGUCAAACACAGAGACGGACGGAUCUUUCAGGGCACAUGCUGGCCUGGUGAGUCCUCUUACCUUGACUUCAGCAGCCCAGACACUCGAGCCUGGUACUCCAGAUGUUUCGGCCUGGAUAAAUACAAGGGAUCGACGCCAUCUUUAUUUGUGUGGAAUGAUAUGAAUGAGCCGUCUGUGUUUGGCGGGCCGGAGCAGACCAUGCCAAAGGACACAGUGCAUCAUGGGGGCUGGGAACACCGGGAAUUACACAACCUGUACGGCUUCCACCAGCACAUGGCCACAGCAGAGGGGCUGAUAACUCGCUCAGGUGGCUCAGAGAGACCGUUUGUCCUCACACGCUCCUUCUUCGCCGGGUCACAGAGGUUCGGAGCAGUGUGGACAGGUGACAACGUCUCCAGUUGGGAACAUCUGAAGAUCUCUAUUCCGAUGCUCUUGUCUCUGAGCGUGGCGGGCGUCGUAUUUUGUGGAGCUGAUGUCGGUGGGUUUAUUCAGGAUCCAGAGCCGGAGCUGCUGGUGCGUUGGUACCAGGCAGCAGCCCUGCAGCCGUUUUUCAGAGGUCACUCUGCAAAUAUUACAAAGCGCCGGGAGCCCUGGUUGUUUGGAGAGGAAGUCACUGCUGCGAUCCGCACUGUGAUCCAACAGAGGUACUGUCUGCUGCCUUACUGGUACACUCUGUUCCACCAGGCUCACACCUGUGGUCUGCCUCCUCUCAGACCUCUGUGGGCGGAGUUCCCAACAGAAGACAGCACCUUCACUGUGGACAACCAGUACAUGAUUGGAAGAGCACUGCUGGCCUGUCCUGUGACCGACCCUGGUGUCCAAGAAGUCAAAGUCAUACUCCCUGGAUGUGGUGAGGUUUGGUUUGACGUCCAGUCUGCGAAGGCGUAUAAAGGAGGCCGGACUCUGAGUCUGCCCGUCACCCUGGACACGGUUCCUGUGUUCCAGCGUGGCGGCUCGGUGGUCUGCAGGGCAACAGGAAGUGGCUCUUGUUCAGCUGAACUCCAGCAGCUCCCCCUCUCCAUCACUGUGGCCCUCAACUCUCAGGGCGUCGCUGAUGGUGAGUUGUACCUGGACGAUGGCCACUCCUUCAGCUACCGGGACAGAAAGGCCUUCUGUCUGCGCAGGUUCAACAUGCUGUCAGGCCGUCUGCUCUGCCGUCCUGCAGGUGAAGAAGGAGCAUUCGACUGUGAUACUGUCGUGCAGUCGGUCACCGUCCUGGGGCUGAAGAACAAACCGUCCACGGUGGUCGUGCACGUGUCAGGUACAGAGACAUCCGCUGCGUUUGAGUACACGGAGACCUGCUGCACGCUGACAGUGAGCGGCCUGACGCUCAGAGUGGCGACAGACUGGGACAUACAGAUAGGUUAACUGUUAGUGUGUUCACUCCUGUGGAUUUCUUCUUCACGUCAGGUUAUCAGAAUUAUUUUUAUUAGCAAAGUGAACUUUGAUUAAUUAUAUCUGACAUAACUUGACUUGUUUGCUGCUGACGCUGAAGAGUUCAGAGCUCAGACUGACACAUGUGCAGCUAACAAAUAAGUCUAACAGAGACUAAAUGCACUUUUAAUGCAGGUUUCAAUGAUUUUAAUUGUAUUAAACUUUAGAUUUAUUUUUUGAAACCUCAAAAGACGAACAGGUCGACAGAUCCCUCCACUGAGUGCAGCUUUAUCCAGGACUGUACUUCUUUAAUAUCUGGGUCAGAAACAUGAAGAGAAGAACAGAAACAUGUUUUAAUCUGUGAAGGAUACGAUUUUUAUUCCCUCCUGAUUUAUGAAGAUUCAUACAACAGCCUGUUGGGGCGAUUGGCAGUAUAAAAAAAAUAAAAUAAAAUACAGAGAUUGGAGGGAGGUUUAAUUCAGGUAAAUUAAAGUUGUAAUUUAUGCGGAAAAAAUCUCAGAUAUUCUCUGAAGUUAAAGUCGCAAAUUUAGGAGACAAAAACAUGGAUAUUCUGAGGUUUAAUUAUCAAAUUUACAAGGCAAAACUUGGAAAUUCUCUAUUAUUGAAGUGGAAAAUUUACAAGGAAAAAUUUGUGUCUGUGUGUUUGUGAGUUUUUCCCAUUCAUUCAUAACUUUAAUAUUGAAAAAAAUAUAUAUAUUUUCUAUCUGAAUAUUUCCCCCCUUCCCUGAGUUCUGUAUUUAUUUUUUAUUUAUUUACACAUAACUGCCUAAAAACUCUGUCGUAGAUUAAAGAUAUCAGAUUGAGUCUUACUAACAAUCAAUAAGAACUAACCUGUGGUUUAAAAGUUGUGGAGUGAAAGUUUACUGAAUAAAGGUGCACUGAUCUGCAGC